UACUGAUUGGACACAGAUGGAUCUACCUCGUUUGUUGGCGUCGUACGAAUACACUUGGUGACGCUGUUUCUUCCAUGACGAGUCCUUGCUCCUCCGAGUCUCCCUUGAUCAGCUUGUCUGGCAGAUCCUCUGGCUGUUGGUAGGUGGACAAUAGUGGAGGAAGUUGAAGUCGAUCUGCGAGUUGUACUCACCAUCAUGACCCAGAAGUGACCAUGGCGUGGAGACUUCUUGACAAGGUGUCUCGCAACCGGGUUUUGAGCUUUAUUCACCCCGAGGCCCGAACAAGGGUUUCACGCCCACAGGUAUAAGACUGCGAAGAUGUGAACGACCCAAGGCCAAUGGCAAAGUGCCGGUCUUACCUUGCCCAAACCUUGCAACGACAAAGACAACAAUGGCUUCCGAAGAUCGAUUCGAUGUUUUGAUCGCUGGCGGGGGGCCAGCAGGUCUGCUCAUCGGUUUGGGCCUGGAACGGAUGGGAAUCCAUGUAUGCAUUAUUGAGCGUCUUGUCAAAUCGGAAAUUCCAAUGUACGGUCGUGCGUGCACACUAUAUUCACGAAGUCUAGAAUAUCUCGAUCAGUUCGAGCUUCUCGACGAUAUGACUCAAGAGGGCUUCAUUGGGCGCGGAUCCGUCAACUUCGACAAGAAUGGAGUACGAAAUGUGGACAGAGGAUGGCACAAAAUUUUCCAUCAUUCAAAGGACUCAUACUUUUCUUGGCUGCUGAACUUGCGGUUGAAGUAUUCCGAAGACAUUAUUCGCGACCAUUUUAUCAGGCAGGGUGGUACGUAUCGCGAUGGCCUAGAACUUACCAGUUUUGAUCACGAUGGGGAAACGACAAAUGAGUACCGUCAAGCUCAUAUCAAGGAUAUGCGCACGAACCAGAGUCAUAUCUACGAAAGGUGGGUACCUAUGUUCAGAUCAUGAUCUAGCACGCUGAGUUAUCUGGCCAUGAAUAGCCGUUUCCUAGUCGGUGCAGACGGUGCCCGUUCUACCACACGCCGCUUGGCCAAGAUCUCAACUCAGUCAUAUGGCUCGCCCACUCCCAUCAAAUGGGUCCGGAUGGACGGCGUGGUCAAAACAGACAUGCCGGACCACAGCCUCGGGUUCGCAUCGCUCGAAUCACCAACGCAUGGCAAUGUCCUGUGGGUGGCUCUGGAUCACGGCCGGUCACGUAUCGGCUUCGCUCUGAACCCCGAGCUGCAGAAGAAGUAUGGUGAUUCGAUGACUGAAGAGCAGGUUAUGGCGGAAGCACGUGUAGCCAUGAAGCCUUUCAAGGUGGAGUUCUCUCGUCUCGACUGGCACACCGUCUACGGGAUACGGCAAGAAUUGACAGAUCAGUACAUCAAGAACCGUGUCGUCUUGGCUGGCGAUGCAUGCCAUAUCCACUCUUCUGGCCUCGCACAGGGCAUGAACACUGGCAUCCACGAUUCGCUCAACCUGUGCUGGAAACUUGCUGGCUACCUCAAGGGCUAUCUCAAGGCAGAGGUGCUGCAGACGUACGAAACCGAGAGACGCGCUGCGGCCAACACCUUGAUCAAUAUCGAUCGCAUUGUGUCCGAAUUGAUAACAGGCAGAGUUCCGCCAGAGCUCGUGGUCAAUGGUGGUGCGGCGGACCCUAAUGCUCUCCUGACACGCUACUUUGAAGAGUCGAUCCAGUUCAAUAUUGGCCUUGGAGUCGAUUACGCUGCCAACAUUCUAAACAUGUACCCUACCGCUGGCACUGUCCAAGCGGGUCAUCGGCUUCCGGACGUCCUGUUACACCAGCCCGGGCACAGUGUCCCGACGCGGCUUUACGAAAUGCUUCGUUCUCGCGCCGAAUUUUCGGUGUUGGUCUUCACGGGUAGGCCUUGGGUGACGAAAAUGAAACCCACGGACAACCUUGACUGUGUUCACCACGCCUUCGGAGAUGCAGGGUCGAAAUUGGUCAAUUCUACUUUGAUCCCGCUGAAGCAGAUUACCAUCGUGGCCGGUAGCGGCUCAUCGGUCUUUGACCUACUAGGCAGACCGGCGUAUGGACAGGCGUGUUACGAUCAAAGCGAAGCCGCCUACAGCCGGUACGGGAUCUCUGCGGAAGACGGAGCUAUCGUCGUUGGUAGGCCCGACAGCCUCGUUGGCUUUGCGUGUCGAUUUUCCGAGGCAGAGAAAGUUCUGCAGUAUUUCAAAGCGCUAGAGCCUCAGACGCGUAUCGUGUAAACUCUAGAAAGUACACUACACCCAUAGUAUUGCAUCAAACCGUCGUGACCAUGGGAACACCACUCUAGGAAAGCCCCGCAUCCAGGAGAACACGGCCUGCGAUACUCCGCUGCUGUUGGUUCCAGGCAC